AUGGGCGAUCAAAUGUUACUCAGAACCCCUAUUCCUUCUGUUGUGAAAUUCAAUCAGUUGCUGAAUUCCGUUACCAAAAUGAAACAUUUUUCACAUGCCAUUCAUCUCUUCAACCAUAUGUGUGCCAUCGGCCUUCCUGUUGAUGAGUACACUGUCAAUAGUGCCAUCAAGUGUUGUUGUCAGCUGCGUCGAACCACAGAUGUUUGCAAGGACCAAUUGAUAGAUGACGCCUUCAAGCUUUUUAAAGAGAUGGUCUUUCAAAAACGCAUCCAACCAGAUGUCAUCACAUACACCUCUUUGAUUUCCGGCCUAUGUAAAUUAAGUCAGUGGGAUGAGGUGUAUAAGUUGCUAAAAGAAAUGGAUGAUUAUAGGAUCUCUCCAGAUGUGCACACCUUUACCAUAUUAGUUGAUGCAUUCUGCAAGGAAGGUAAGACAGAAGACGCAGAGAGUGUUAUCAACAUCAUGGUGGAGAAAGGUAAGGAGCCGAACAUAAUGACAUACAGUUCACUCAUAGAUGGUUACUGUUUGCGAGGUGAGAUGACCAAAGCAAUGACAGUUUUUGAUGCCAUGGUGAUUAAAGGUAUCCUCCCUGAUGUUUUUACUUACAACAGUUUCCUGAAUGGGUACUGCAAGAAGUUGAUGAUAGAUGAGGCCUUGCAAAUGUUUUAUGAAAUAACUAGAAAAGGUAUGAAACCCGAUACAGUCACUUACAACACCAUGAUACAAGGAUUGUUUACGGCUAAACAAUGUGGAGCUGCACGCAAACUCUUUGAUGAGAUGCGAGCACAAGGCCAAAUCCCAAAUGAAUGCACUUAUAGAAUAAUUUUACACGGUCUUUACAACAACCAUGAGGUAGAAGAUGCACUUUCUUUGUUCAAGUUGAUGGGUAAUAGCAAGCUAAAUUCGGAUGUUGAAGUGUACAAUAUCCUUAUUGAUGGUGCAAGCAAAUGCGGGAUGCAUGAGAUUGCAAGAAAUCUUUUCCAAGACUUGGCAGUGAAAGGUGUGCAACCUACUGUUCGGACAUAUAAUGCUAUGAUACGUGCUGUUUGCCGAGAAGGUCUUCCAAGUGAUGCGAAGCAGUUGUUUCUUCAAAUGGAAGAAAGCGGGUGCCCACCAGAUAAUGUUACUUACUGCCUUCUUCUCCAAAGUUAUCUAAAGAACAAGCACUAUGUUGAUGUAGAGAUGCUUUUACAGGAAAUGGAUGCAAGACGUUAUUCACUUGAUGUUUCAACAUUAUCGUUGCUUAUUGAUCAGAUCGCUGCUGGCUCGUUACGAAACACUUUGCUUAAGUCGAUACGUAAACUAUUGCCAAAAGAAUUGGCUGGAGGCCCUUGGUUUUUCUGUCUAGCCCAGUAG